AUGAAUCCGUUCAAUAAUAGUGACAACGAUGACAUGUUUGUCAAUAUGAUGUACGAGUAUUGCACGAACAUGCUAAUGCAACCAGCUCCAGCUCCUUUAUUAAUCAGGCGUGCAUCGUUAAAUAAAGAUCACGAAGAAGGGCACAAACGUUUAGUUCACGAUUAUUUUGCGGAUGAUUGUGUCUACCAGCCAUGCGAUUUCAAAAAAAAGUUUCGUUUGCGGAAAAAUGUAUUUGUUCGGAUAGCCAACGCGGUGGAAAGCAGGUAUGAAUUUUUCCAAAUGAGAUAUGAUGCUAGUGGUAAACGAGGAUUCACAGGGUUGCAAAAAUGUGUUGUUGCAAUUAAGCUCAUCGCAAUGGGAGAGUCUCCUGAUUCGAUUGACGACUAUAUGAGAAUGUUUGAGAGAACUGCAAAAGAAAGUUUGUAUAGAUUGGCGAUGGGUGUUGUCGAAACCUUUGCUGACGUUUAUUUACAUAAACCUUCGUUGAAUGAUAUACAACAACUAUAUGUGGCGCACGAAGAAAGACAUGGUUUUCUUGGGAAGGCACCAGAUGCUCAUUUCACAGUAAAUGGAAAUGAGUACAAGUUUGGGUAUUACCUUACGGAUGGAAUAUAUCCAGCAUAUUCCACAUUCGUGAAAGCAUUUCGACACCCAAUAACACCAAGAGAAAAAAAAUUCAAGAGAAAACAAGAAGGACCACGUAAGGAUGUUGAACGUGCUUUUGGAGUUCUGAAGUCAAAAUAG